ACUGGAGCCGCCCGUGCCCGCAGGUCACCCCUGAGGAUGAGGGGCCACAUCCUGCCCGCGCUCUGCCUGGGCCUGGCUGCGGCUCUGCUGCUGCCCAUGGCCUGUGCCCGCCGGAGCCAGGACCUGCACUGCGGAGCGUGCCGGGCACUGGUGGAUGAGCUGGAGUGGGAGAUCGCCCAGGUGGAUCCCAGGAAAACCAUCCAGAUGGGCUCGUUCCGGAUCAACCCCGACGGCAGCCAGUCCGUGGUGGAGGUUCCCUACGCCCGCUCCGAGGCGCAUCUGACGGAGCUGCUGGAGCGGGUGUGCGAGAAGAUGAAGGAAUACGGGGAGCAGCUGGACCCGGGCACCCAGCGCAAGAGCUACGUGCGGGUGCUCUCCCGCGACGGCACCAAGCUGGAGCUCUCCGGCGUCACCAUCGAUGGGGACGUGGCUUCCAGCCUCAAGUUCGCGUGCGAGAGCAUCGCGGAGGAGUACGAGGAUGAACUCAUCGAGUUCCUCUCCCACGAGGCCGACAACGUCAAGGACCGGCUCUGCAGCAAGCGCACGGACCUGUGUGACCACGCGCUGCACAUCCCGCACGAUGAACUGUGACCGGGCACGGGCUCCGCGCCACCGCCACGGCCUCUACCUCUUGCUCCACCUCGUCCCCACCGGGAGGCACCGGGGCACACGGCGGCACCGGAGCCGCCGCCGCAGCCUCACCCCCUCCGGUGCUCUUGGCCUGUUUAUUGUGCCCGUGUGGAGUGGGGAGCACCGGGGCCGUGGCCCUGCUCCAGCCAGGACAUUCCAGUGGGACAACUGCCAGCCAUGGACCUGCUGCUGCCGGGGGGGCACCGGGACCGGCUUUGGGCCCCCCCUUCCGUGCUGCUGGCAAUAAAGGGGCCGCGCGGUGCCCGUGCCGUGGGCCCAAGUGAGGGCA